AGAAACAACCAACCUCAUUCCAAAUUGUAUAUAAAUAGGGGUAUAAGGGUAGAACAUAUGCACAGCCCCAAAAUUCUAAUUUCUCUAUUUUAGUAGUGUGAAGUGAGUGAGGGGAUCAUGGGUCGUCGCAAAAUUGACAUUGUGAAGGUGAAAGAUCCAAACACAAUGCAAGUCACAUUUUCGAAACGUAGAUCAGGCUUAUUCAAGAAAGCAAAUGAAUUAGCCAUUUUGUGUGGUGUUGAAGUUGCUAUUGUUGUAUUCUCUCCGGGUAAUAAGCCUUACUCUUUUGGGCACCCGAGUGUUGAUGCUAUUGCAAUCAAGUUUCUUCAAGAUGAGCCCAUACCAAAUGAUGUUAUUGGAAACUCUUCUUCUGAAUUUCCCAACAUAGAGAAUUUGAAUCAACAACUUAAUGAUGUGCUUGCCCAACUACAAGAGGCUCAAAAGGAAUCUAAAGUGCUUGAUGAGGUCCUCAAAGAAUACAAAGCAACUGAACUCUCUCAACUAAAAGAAUUAAAAAAUUCAUUUAUUGAGCUUCAAGAUAUGGUCAAAACACGUCUUUCUGAUAUAGAUAUAUCAGAAUGUAUGAUCCUUCUUGCACAGAAACCAGUGGUUGGAAUUAAUAAGAAAGUCACAAAAAGGAAAAGAAGAAAUUAAUGCUUUUAUUUAUAGCUUGCAAACUAUGUUUAUUUUGAAACCUUGUUGCUUCUAUCCCUUUUGGUAAUAGCGCGACACGGGAAAUAUUAUGAUGAGUGAUUUAUGAAUAAAAUCUUUGUUGUAUUGAGUUUUAAAAUUGCAGCAAAUAAAUAUUUAUAAACUUUUAUGAGUAGUAA